AUGAAAUUAGAGCUCUGUUCUUCUUCUCAACUCAACCCCUGUCUUCAUUCUCUCUCAAUUCUCCCAAUUCUUUCUAUCACCAUUUCCCUUAAGUUUGUUUCAGGCUCAUCAUGGCCAGAAUCAUCCCCAAAGGAACCAAUCGAGGAUUCAGUCCCUCACACCGCCCUCGAGGCCGCCAUGAGACCGACUCAGGUUCGGACGCACGCGAUUCGGAGGGCGCAUGAGAAUAUUGAUAAGACGCUUAAGUCGGCUAAGGUUAUUCUCGGUCAGUUUGAUCUCACGCGUCAGGCUGAGUCUAAGAUUUUGAAGGGUCCACAUGAGGAUCUUGAAAGCUACUUGGAGGCGAUCGAUCAGUUGAGGGCUAAUGUACGAUUCUUUAACUCCAACAAAAGCUUGAAGAGCAGUGAUGGGCUGCUUAAUCAUGCCAACAAUAAUGUACGAUUCUUUAACUCCAACAAAAGCUUGAAGAGCAGUGAUGGGCUGCUUAAUCAUGCCAACAAUAUGCUAAUGCUCGAGUUUAUUUCAGAUGGGAACUCUCAGCAGCAGACAUACUUCCUACAUACAUGA